UGCCGUCUCCAUAGGAAAGCUGUGCAGCGGAGGGGAUCCCGCGCGCUCGCUCGCUUCCCCAGCUAGGAUGACUGACAGGUUCGGGAAGGCGGAAUCGGGCGCCCAGCUUCUGGCACGACUCGAGGGCAGAGAUUCACUGAAAGAUCUUGAACCUUGUCUGUUUGCUGAAGAAGGACAUCCCAUUCAUGGAGAUUUUGUUGAAUUCUAUGGCCCAGAAGGGGCAGGAAAAACAGAAAUGUUCUACCAUCUUAUUGCCCGUUGCAUUCUUCCAAAAUCGAGAGGUGGUUUGGAAGUUGGCUUGCUUUUCAUUGACACAGACUUUCAUUUUGACAUGCUGCGCUUAGUGACUAUUUUGGAACACAGAUCGUCCCAAGGCACAGAAGAUAUGAUAAAGCAGUGUCUGCGGAGGUUGUUUCUUGUUAAUUGCAGCAGCAGCUCUCAGUUGCUUCUCACCCUUUAUUCUCUGGAAAACAUGUUUUGCUCUCACCCUUCGCUCUGCCUCCUGAUUAUUGACAGCAUAUCAGCUUUUUAUUGGAUUGAUCGAGUCAACGGAGGGGAGAGCAUUAGUCUACAGGAAGCAAACUUAAGGAGAUGUGCUCAGUUCCUUGAGAAGCUUGUCAGAGAGCAUCAUUUAGUUCUGUUUGCAACGACUCAGGCAAUUAUGCAGAAAUCACUGAAUGCUGCCGAAAGCUCCAGAAAACACAACGGUGAUGGAGAUGUGGAUUACCGGCCUUACCUCUGCAAGUCAUGGCAACAGCUGAUAACCCAUCGGGCCUUUUUCUCCCGACAGUGCCGUCCAGACAACACCCAAAGUUUUUCUAUUACUACUUGUGAUAUCCGAAACAACUCAGUGAUAAAACGCCCAUUUAGCAUUUUGGAAAGUGGGGUCCAGUUUUAACAGUGGGCUACUUUUAAAAGGGACUGUUGACACUACAGUAAAAUCCAUGUAAACAUUGUAUACUGUUUUUUUUAAAGAGUAAGAUAACUUUUACAUGUUUCUACUGCUGUUUCUUAAAAUGUUGUUUUAAAAGCCACAUGAUUGUUUAUUAUUUUGUCACUUUAAGAAAUCA